UCAUCAUCAUCACCACAUUAAGCACGCCACAUGAUGUGAGACUUGUGAAGUGAGUUCUACAAGUACAAGCACAUUGGAUUGUUACACAUCUUUCUGGUGGUCGGUAUUAACCUCACAUGUUUACAACAUCAUGUACCCACUGGGGACUGUGAGCAAAGAGCAGUAACCUCGCACCAUCCAAAACGAACUCUGAUUGAUGUGUUGUAAAGCAUCCUACACUUGAAUUCUGUGAAAACAGCAUUGCGGUUUGACAAGAAAAAAAACUCUACUGUCAGUUUAUUUACCAACAAACAACAUCUACUGGUACCAAGAAAUAUCUGAAUGACCGGAUCAUCCCAAGGAAAUCUUUGUUGGUUUAUUUUAUGUGAACGUGACUUGAUUUGAGAUCUGAACUCUACCAGAAGCCGUGAUAGUAUCAGGAGAGCCUUUGAAUCUCUGAGCCUUUGUGUGAUUUAAAUCAAUACAGACACUGUGUGUACAGUUCAGUGCUGUUCUGGCUUGGACAGUUUUUCAGAGUAUUUAUGAAGAGUCAGUGCUGGAGCACUACAUUAUUUUAUACCUGUGAUUUAAAGAAGAGUGGAAAGCUUUAAAACAGAAGUGAGACUGACAGCUUUAAGAAGGAACCCGUUACGCCCUAAUUGGACUAAAUCCUAGUCAAGUGGAACAACAGACCAGCUGUGUGACGUGUGCACAGCGAGUAAUAAAUGACAACACUCUGUACGUCAGAUUACUUCAGAUGGAUUACUGAUUAAAACGAUAAUAACCAAAGCAGGCAAAGGAGUCCAGUUUAUAAGAUAAAUUGCCGAAAUGAUGAAAUGCAAAUGCCUACACGUACAGUUUUAGGCUAGUUGAAACUUUAUCGCCACACAGUAAAAUUAUUGGAGUUUGGAUUGUGGUUUUGGAUACAAAGUUUGGUUGUAGCUUCAGCGGAAAGAACCGAAAUGGAUUAUUCAUAUAAUGGAGCCAAUGACCAAGGAGGGGGUCUCCGGGUGAACCCAGCAUACCUUGAACAGGGUGAAGCGAAUACAGGACAGCGACGGGCAACACACAGCAUUGGCAAGUCAGCCCAGAAUCUACGCAGACAGUACCUUAGUGAGAAAGAUAGGAGACAUACGCUAUCCUCGCAGGCACCUGCGACUUCAUUUGGUCAGAGACCAUUGACCACAGAGCAGAAGAGGGAGCUCUUCAUGGAGUAUUUAAAGGAGAAAUACCCGGACCAUUCGUCCACCAUUGAAGGAGCCAAGACACCAGAGAAGGAUCCACUUUCCUUCUCUAAUGGUUUCUACGAUGAUGAUGGAACAAUGUCCGAGAUGGAUACCCAAGCCACCGGGUUCCAGCGUGGGGGUAGAGUGAGGGCGAGUCUUCCAAUAUCCAGAAUUUCAAUCAACAAGUCCAAAGAAAAGCCACUUGGUUUGGUCUACCUCAACUAUAUGAAUGAAACCAAGCGAGCCUUGAUGCCUAAUGAGGUAACAGGAAUGGACACCGUCAAGGCACUCUUCGUGCGGGCGUUUCCCCGCAAGCUAGCCAUGCCGAUGUUGGACCUACCCCAGAGGAAGAUCUACAUUAGGGAUCCUGUCACUGAAAUAUUCUACGAGCUCGAAAAACUAGAUGAGGUAAAGGACAGAGCAAUCCUGAAAAUCUACGAGCCAGGUUUCGUCGAGGACGGCACGUUGAACAUCCACAACUCCACCUCCACGCCUCUCGACCUCAACGUCUACUCAGACUCUGAACUCCUCGACGUUGAGCUGCCAGAUUUCAGGGAGAGAAACUACAACACGGUGGGGUCCAAACCAGCUCGAGCCAGUCGGGAGCGGGUUGAACCGCACAAGAGGCCCAGUAGCACCACCCCUAUGGAGAUGGGUAACAGGAGGAUGUACACACAACAGGAGCGGUCCAGAAGCGGUAUACCUCAACGCUCCCCAUCUGCAGAACCUUUCCAACGAGGAGUUCCAGAACGCUCCACAGCCCCCGUGCGCUCCGCACCCCCAGGUCCCUACCAAAGAGGGAGCCCUCAACGCAUGAGCAGUAAGACGCUUCCUCGUUCACAAGACGGAAGGACAACCCCAACGAAUACGCCGAGGAGUAUGACCAUGCCACGCCAGGGCGAGAAGGGGCAGGUGUACAGACCGCACCCAGAGAAUGGAGGGAGACCCAUGGAGCAGCGCCUGUCUGGCGAACAGAGGAUACAGAACACUGUACAGACAACUACAAUGGCAGCAGGGCCAGGCCACGAAACACCACAACGCCAAUCAGAGCCAGGAAGACACCCUUCAGAACCAGGAAGACACCCAUCAAUGGAGCGUCGUCACGACCCCAACUACCCCCAGCAUCGCCCAGACUUCCAGCCACCCAGGAGCUCCACUCCCCAACAACAGCAACGGGGCGGGCGAACCCUAGAACGGGGCAUGGCUGGACCAAGAGGUCCCCCUCCACAGAGAACCCCGGAUCCAAGAGGUGGUGGACCUCCUAGAGAUGGACCUUAUAGGGAUAGGCCUGGUGAGAGUCCAAGGAGGCAGCCCCCUCCUCAGGGCGUUGGUAGCCCAGUCAAGGCUCCUCGAGGAGAGUUUAGGGCUGAUGGCCAGCCCUACCCACGGCAACCCCCUCCUGGGGAUAUGACGGGACGAUCCCCAAGCAGGAAUUCAGGGCAAGGAAUGAGACAGCCACCUCCGAUUCAUAUGCAGCAGCAGCAGGCAGGGUCUACCCGCUCCAUGGACAGAACCCUGGACAAACCCCGCGACAGAUCCAUGGAGAGACCCCGGGACAGACCCUAUGAGAACCGCCCCAUGGAGAGGCGUGAUAGAUCACAGGAGAGACCGCGCAGCAUGCCGCCGUCCCACACUACACCACUCAGGGGACAGGGCCCCCCUCCGGGUAGUCGAGAGAUGGAGGCGAGGGUCGUGAAGCAAGGACAUGGUUCUCCCAUUAAGGCAGGCGGUGGACCUGAGACAGAAACCUCGGUAAGAAUAUCUGCCAUGGAGCAGCAGAUUGCCAGCUUGGCUGGUAUGGUACGCUCCGCCCUGAAGCCUGGGGAACAGCCACCAGGCUCCCCACAACAUCAAGACAAUCACACAAGGGGACCUGUCCCAAAACACAGUCCUGAACGUAUGCCCCCUGCACAGGCCAUGAACCGUAGUAAGAAUGAACUGACUGGAGUGAACGAAGAGGUCAUCCGAGCCACUCAGAAUCAGCGGAACUAUGCCUCAGUAGACAGUCUCCGUGAUUCUACUGACAGCACCUCCGUUACACCACAGCCGAUGGCGGCACUGAAUGCCAGGGAGCUACGAGACACCACACUGCGUCUUAAACACUCCGUCAAGGACGUCAGAGAUCAACUCAAGCAGAUACGCAAACUUCAACUAAACAUGGUGCAGGAUAUGAAUGUAGCUUUCCGAGCUACCAAUCGCAAGGUGCAGUUGGCCUUAGAGGUGACACCAGCGGGUAAUGAGCACCCAGUACGCUCACUCCGCACCAGGACACAACAAGACUACGUCAGAUAUCAAAUCAAUCGGGACAACCUGGAUAAAGACAUACGGGACCUUGAGUCGUCCGUUGAAGAAAUGCGCGAUGAUGUCGUCAAUAAACACUGCCAUGUCAAUCUAGCUGAAGUGGAUGCGUUGGCUCAAAACAUCGGUAACAGCAGCAAGCACAUCGCACAACAAAGAGUUGCUUUCCCUGUGUUGGCUGACAAGAUGAAAGCUGUCAUGCAAGGAGAGAUGGAGGUUGUUGUCAAGGAGGAAAAUUUCAUCAAGGAUGAGCCAGGCAAGCUUGAUGACUACAUGAAGCGCUGUAAGAAAGUUACCGGCACCCUGUGCACACUGAAGAGACUUGCGUCAGUUCAAGAGCAUCGUACUCCAGUUGUGCCUGUCUUUGAGCAAACCUCGGAACCUGUCAACCGUGAGAGGUUGAUGGAAACCAUUCAAAGCAUCUCACCAAAUCACUCUGAACGUGUCAAGAACUUACAGGCUGCAGAUGCAUCCCGACAGCGCAAACAGCGCAGGACGGCUCAGGAGCUGCAUCGCUUCCAGAUGGAUCUCGGCAAGGGACGUCAGACCCUCAAAAAGACCCAGAAUGUCGACAGGAUCAACCAGAAGAGAAGAGCUGCUCUCCGGGAGCUCUUCAAGAGUGAAGAGCAUGAUGCUAUGACCCCGAUCCUGACCCCGGAGAAGAUGGCGAAACAACAGGCAACCGUAACGAAGAAGAAGCUUCCCCCUCCACCACCUCCGAAGAGGACCCACUUCUCCCAGCGAGUGGUCACAACCCACUCGCCAACCUCUCCUAGUACUCCAGGUGCAAUUUUGAGCCCGAGCCCAGCGGUUGUGGUCACCUCGCCAGCGGAGAGUGACAGGGCGCCGGCGAUCCCACCCAAGCCUGUCCUGUCGCCAUCCAACAACAGCCAACAGGUGGAGUCUAGUUCCGCACGUUCUACCCCUGAACUUAGUUUGUGCAUGAUUAGCUCAGUUAGUGUGAAUUCAGAGUGCCGUUCAAGUCCCAAACAGGUCCCUGCGUGUGCCAUGUCCCCCUCCGUAUCAAAGAGUGAACCCCUGCUUGCCGCCUCCAAGAAUGUUAAACCUAGCAUGAUUAAUUCUCAAAGAGAGGCCUUGACCUUGAAAGAGGUCAGGGGUUCAUCCGUAGGUCAAGCUGCCAUGCCAGUUCAUGGUACUAUCAUGACCUGUCAGAGCAGACCCAUGGGGUCGCCUGGAGGUCAGACGGGGUUUACCUCUCCCAAAAGUAGCGUGACCUCUCCACGCGGGGUUGUAACCCCCGAGGGUGGGGUCAUGCUCUCGCAUGGGGCAGUGAUGAUUGCUAAGAGUGGGUCCGCCACAUCUCCUGGUCUGGCGACUACCCCUCAGCGCCAAGCACCUGUUCGGCUUCUUAGUUCCAGUUCCCAAUCAAGCCCAAGUAAGACCAACUCUCCAACUUCGCCUCAAACUAAACUGUCCAGCAUCCCUGUUUUCAGGAAGCCCCAGAAUUCCCAGCCAUUGCCACAAUCUCCACAAAAAAACACAAACUGCAUUCCACAAAAAAACACAAUCGGCAUUCCAAAACCAGCUGGAUUCAGGCAACCUUCAAAGACUCAAACCUUACCCGCGCAAUUCCAUGCGCAACCAAUUAAGAGGCGAUCCAGCGUCCCGUCCAUCUAUGAUAUUACGCCCCCACCCAAACCUCCCAGGGGGCGUAUUGAUUCACCCGUUGAGCCAAUCGAUGUACCCCCCAAGUCCGCAUUCCGCCCCUUCCCCAUAUCAGGUUGGAUGGAGACGAGUUUAGAUGAUGUACCUCCAAGAAAAAAGUCCGGGAACAACAUUGACAGACAAAGGAGGCACACCGUCACACUUCCUCAGCAUCAGAAGCGAAAUGGAUGGGUACCGCCACCUGUUGCAGAGAAACCUUCUCCCGCCCUCUAUCAGAAGAGCCAGCCAGCCCCUCAGAAGAGCCAGCCAGCCCCUCAGACUAAACCUGUUACUUCGCCACAAAGAAUCUUAGUGGCAAGGACAUUGGAGACCACUGAAACAACUGUUACAACAGUCAAAAAAGGUGUCCUGAAUAAAUCUUCGUCUGGGUUAGACUGUCAGUCUGAAACAGAGAAAAACACAACAUUGCAUCGACAGAAUUCAGAUCCAGGUGCUCGCCCACAAAUAACCAUUGUUGACAAGAAAGGUGCACUGAAGAUCCAACAACUCAAGGAGCAGUACGCCAAGCUACGCAGACUCCAGGAAGAGCAGAAGAAGACCGAGGACGAUCAGACAUCAGAGACAAACCCAAGAGAGUCGACAAAGACUCCAGAACCUCAUGCCGAUAGCAAUGGAAAAGAAGACGCAUCAACUGACUCACCGUCCAAGACUCCAACGCCAACUGAAGUUGAGGUGGAUGUCUCCUACAGCCAAGGAGAAGCCUCCAAAGCAGAUGACCAAGAUGAGGUAUCGAGCUACACAAAGCAAACCGUAGUGUACAGAGUCGGCCCCAAACCCUACCAGUCUAAUUCCCUUGAACGUGGUGGAAACAUCGCCACGAGAGAAAUCAUUGCUGACAGCAUCCCCGUCACCAAUGGUAUGGUCCACCAGCCAGUCUUCUCCCAGCUCAAAUUGCAUGAGAUGGCUCCCCGGAACUUUGCAACCAAGGCCAAGGCGGGGGUGGUGACUUCCCCUCAGCCUGUGAAUGAGAACAGCACGGAGGAAAAAUCCAACUUAAACAAGAACACAGUCCAUCCCAAUGGAAACCAUAAUACAGUCGCCAAUGGGAAAAACAACACAACUAUCGAUCAUGCAAAAACAGACAGCCCCAAACAAGUGAUAACCAAUGGAGGUGGUAAGAAACCAGUUAAUAAUGGCAACAACAAGAGCCCAGGGGGACCAGAGAAAGAGGUUGUGACGACAACUGAGAAGGAGGUUGUCCAGAAAUUAAACGCUGUGAACGGAAAACACAACGGAAAGCCAGAGUUGAAGACUGUCUACACUAAAAAGCUUGAAGAGACUUUUAUCUUCUAGAAGUCUUCUAUUCAAAAGCUUACACUUUGUGGCGAUUGCAUGGUUCCCUGUCUACACAAUGGGAUUUAUACAUCUAAAUCUCAUCUCACUGAUAGGAAUCAGACUCAUGUUCUUUUGUUUCUUGCUGGCACUGGACACUUUUGGUAAUUGUCAGAGACCAGUAUUCCCACUUGGUGUAUCCCAACAUAUGCAUAAAACAACAACCUGUUAAAAUGUCGACUCAAUUUGUCCUUAAAGUUGCAAGAGAAUGAAGGGGAAAAAACCUCACUUGUUGCUCAAACAGCUCUCCAUUUCUCGUUACCAAGUAAGUUUUCUUGCUAACAGUUAUUUUGAGUAAUUACCAGUAAUGUCUGGUACCUUUAAUGCAAAUUAUAGACCUUUCUUUUGUGGAUGACACUGUCAACCUGCAGUUGGCAAAAGUGAGGGCUGCCAGCCUUCACUGCAAACAAUAUAAUGUACAAUCUACGAACAAUCUAUCUCCAGGCCCUAAAAGCUGUUUUUAAGAGAAUUCUUAAUCCAUAUAUCCAACUCUUUAAAUUUCAUUAAAUUACUCUCUGAAAUUUGUAAACUCCCUGUCAAAGUUUUGAACAGGACUCUUAAAGGUUUUCAUAUUUUAAGGUAACCCUAACUUCUAAAUGAAAACAAUCAAUAGAACCUAUGCAAGAUGAAUAUGUAAUGUUAUUAUAUACAAAAAUAAGCACUGAUUCUGAUAGUUAAUUUCAUUCAAACUUUGCCUUGUUUACCAUUGUUUUCUCCCUAAAAGUUGUAAAUCCUUUUUUUUUAAUCAAAACUAUUCUUAUAUAGUUCUUAAUUUGUUCACAGACAUGAUGAACAAAUUAUGUAAAUUAUGUACAUAGCUGCAUGAAUAUUCAAAUUGAAUAACCUGUUAUGCAAACACUGUCUGUCUGUAAUAACUUGAUAUCUUUAACUAUUUCAAAACUAUAACUUAUAACUGUCCAAGUGUUUAAUAUUGACAAGUGAAGUAUUGGAAUCAACUAAAACUGUAAGGCCGAGUGAGCGGCUAAGGCUACGGCUAGACUUCUGCAUCGUCAUGCAUUUAAGUUUAGGACGUCCUUAGCAACAGCUGUAGCCGUAGCUGUAGAUAAAAAUUCGGAUACGACUAAGCUCGAGUCCAUGAUUGUUUUAAUGGCCCCAAGGCUGUGUCAGAAGUGUCGGCUAUGGCUUUGGCUGUUGCUAAGGGUGUUACUAAGGCAGCCUAUCAUUCAACACAUGCUAACUUGGUGAUCUAGUCGAAGUCACUAAUUCAGAAAUAAGUUGCUCCAAAUUGUCUUGAGGGGAGUUGAGCAGCUAUGAAAGGAGAGUGCAGGUCAAAAUUUUGAAUAAAAAUAAUCUGAUCUAUAGAGCUUAUUCUUCUCUCCAUAAUUGGAACAGCAGAAAGGGGGGAACACUAUUUUUCUACAGAAAAUAAUGCAUAAUUUAUAGAACUCGUUAACCCUGACACAUCAAAGUUUGUAUUUUGAACGUUCGGUUGAGGGGAACGCCAAUUAGAAAAGCCGAAUUCAAUAUUUCCUCUAACACAAAACUAAUUUGCGUAGCAGUUUAUGGCAAAAUGAAAAGUUAUAAGUGUACAUUAUUUGGGCAGAAGAUGCUUUUAAUUAGCAAUACCUUCAUAUAUUUAUUGCUGGCUGUUGGCCUAAGAUAUAUUUUAUACAAACCUUUAAAAAAAAGGAAAACUUGAAUACUGGUAAUUCUUGGUGAGUUUUAAUUGUCGUUUAAUUUGUACAUAGAUAUUAAAGUGUGUGUAAGUUAAUGGUGAUAGAAAUUUAAGUAUCUGACUGAUUACUGGUAAGUGUUGAGUAGAAAUUGUGUGUAUCGAUUUCGCUUCAGUAGUUUGGUUGAAAAUGGCGUUUUCGGCUUGACCCUUGCAGCUUUCGAUCAUAGAUGAUGGUGGCUUUUAUUACUUUGGGGUAAAUUAAGACGAGGCUUAAUUUGUUAUUUUGUUUACGGAAAAAUAAGAUGAGAAUAUAUCAAGCUUUGCUCAUUUUGUGGUCGGCAUUUUUUUUUCUCUGAGCAAAAGUGGGUUGAAAGGCUCAAGACAAUCACACUAUUUUAACAGCGCCCUCUGUUGAGCUGUAGUUACCUAGUGACAGCUUUUACACAUUGAAUUCAUCAUUAUUGUCGAUUUUUGUUUUCACAGAUCACAUUUUUUGUACAAUACAGUCUACAACAACUUCUUUACAUGAGGAAACAUCCAGUUUUAUACUCCUUUAAGUAUAAGCUACAGAUGAAGUGCGCCCUGAUUGUAAAAAGUGAAAUUAUGUAUACAUUUACUCAGUUUGAUCCCUAAUAAUAAAUUGUGAUUAGUAGUAAGUUUUCCAAAGCCUGGUGGCGGUAGCAAUAAUUGUACGUAAUGCUGAAUGAAAACAAUAUUUUUUAAGUGGACACAUUGUGUUGAUGUUUUCUGAUUGAUUUUGGUGCCUUGUAUAUUGCAAAGUAUUUGUGAAAUUUAAACCACAAUAGUUGAUAAAGUUUCAGGUUGUGGUUUUCUGAUUAUAUCUACUUUUUAAACAAGUUUAAAAACGAAUUUCGUUCAGAACCUUAAACUUUAAAAAACAAAGAUCAGUACAAAUGAAGUAAAGCUAAUUGUCAUGACUUGUUUGCUCUACUCAACUUCUACCACCAUUUUAAGCCCCUUGUGGUUUUGAUUUUAAAUAAUAAUGGUAAAGCGUAGCCCAGGUGUUCAUCAAAAUUCUAGCCCAAGUGCUUAUCAAAGCCUUCCCCCAAGUGUUUAUCAAAGGCUAAGCCCAAGUGCUUAUCAAAGCCUAGCCAAGUGUUUAUCAACGCCUAGCCAAAGGGCUUAUCAACAAAGCCUAUCCAAGUGCUUAUCAAAGUCUAUCCCAAGUGUUUAUCAAAGCCUAGCCAAGUGAUUAUCAAAGCCUUGUCCAAGUGUUUAUCAAAGGCUAAGCCUAAGUGCUUAUCAAAACCUAGCCAAGUGCUUAUCAAAGCCUAGCCAAAUGCUUAUUAAAGCCUAGCCAAGUGCUUAUCGAAGCCUAGUCCAAGUGUUUAACAAAGGCUAAUCCCAAGUGUUUCUCAAAGCCAAGCACAAGUGUUUCUCAGAGUCAAACCCAAUUGGUUUAAUUUGACUUGCCUCGUUCUAAUAAAUAAUUCUUGAAUCCAAAUCCAUUUUUAUUCAAUAGUGACUUAUCUCCACAGAACAUAUGGAUACCUUUUAAUUAUAAAGGGUUUGACCACCAAGUUUGAUGCAAACAAUGGUAUAUAAACUAUUGCCAUUUUCAUUUCAUUGUGCCUUCAAAGUUUUAGCAAACAAAUAAACACAACAAUCUUCCAAACUUGCGAUACCUCUUUAUUGAAACACAUUUAUGGCUACCUGAAAAAGCUGAAAUUCUGUACAUAGUAUAAAUAAGGCAAUGUUGAAUUUUUGUAUAGAUAAAAGUCUGAGCAGACAGCAGUGUUUUAGUUUUCUAAAUGAUUGAUAACUGAUUGAUAACUGAUUGUAGAGAUUAAAUGUUUUCAGCUGACCUCCA